AUGGGUUUCGAUCUUGAGUGCAUACCGGAUCUUGCAUUGCUUCCCGGGGAGUUUUUCUGUCCCGUUUGUCAUCUUCUGGUCCAUCCCCACGAGGCUCUCCAGUCUCUGUGCACUCACUUAUUCUGUCCGCGAUGUUUAGCUUUCGUCGCAAGCACCACUAGGGCGUGCCCUUAUGAUGGUUCCUUGGUCACAGAAGCUGAUGCAGAGCCACUCGUGCAAUCAAACAGAGAGUUGGCUGAAACUAUUGGCGAAACUCUUGUGUUUUGUCCAUACCUAAUGAGUGGAUGCACAUGGAUGGGCUCUCUGUCUGCGGUCCGAUCACACUGCUCAAGAUGUGUCUUUGGUUUUCGUCUUGGUGAAUGCACUGUAUGUCAUACUCAAAUGACGCAUCGUCAAGCAGAGGAGCACGCUCAAGUUUGUCCUGGAAUUCAAGUUGAGCUUCAAAUGAUUCCUCAAGCUCAAUGGUACCCACCACAGCAACAUCAGAUGUACUACCAAAACGGUACGUGGUACUACUACAUGCAUCAACCUGAUGAUGUUCCAAACCAAUAUCAAGUGCCCGAUGUGCUGCCAGAAAUUCCAUAUGUGGCUGAAGCUCACUCUCCUCUGCGAGCUCAACCACAACACCUAUCUCUGACUUUGGCUCUACAUCAGCCUCAUGAUGUUUCCCCAUCAGCUUCCCUACCCCAAGCACUCAAUCAUUUUGGCGAGGGUCCGUCACAUUCACGUCAGCCAGAUCCACAGUCUCCGCAUGUUCCCUCACCUCCACAGUCUCCACCGUCUCCUCAAGCUAACCAGUCUCGAUUAAGCCUCAACGGUGUGAAUGAUGUGAAUCAUGCUGUUGAAGCUACAGCUAAGUCUAGGCAUGAGCUCAAAGGAAAGCGAGUGAUGGAAGAGGGAGUUGACUUUAAGAGCAAGUCUUGUGGUCUGGGAAUUCUUGGAUUCACCUAUCACGGAUUUUUCCGAGAUGGUGGAUCAUCAUCAGGAGACAUGGGACCUAAUCCAAAUCCUAGAAAAAGGGCGGUCGAACCUGAGGAAGGUUUAGAUUUGGAUUCUCAAACCAAGGAGCCCGAGCAGGAGUCAACGGAUACGGUCUUGGAGACCAACCCUAAUGCAAAGAAACUUAAAAAAACUCAUGCGGGUGAUUCUCCAUGUAUCAACCCAAAGGAAGAUGAAGAAAGUGGAUCCGGUGGAGCCGGUGGAGGCGGUGGAGCCAGUGGAUCCGUUGGAGGCGGUGGAGCCGUGGAUCCGGAGGUUUAG